AUGUCUACAAAAAAUGUGUCUUUCCUUCUGGUGGUCAUAUGCGUUGUAGUCUCGGCAAAUGCUCAACUACCACAGUUACCAAUUCCAUUCCCUUUUCCCUUUCCAUUUCAACCAAGUCCUGGUAUGCCAGGAUUACCUGACAUAACAAAAUGUUGGUCAUCAGUGAUGAAUAUCCCUGGAUGCAUUGCAGAAAUUUCUCAAUCUAUAUUUACUGGACAGUUCGGCCACAUAGGUCCUGCUUGCUGCAAGGCAGUUUUGGAAGCAGAAGCCAAUUGUAUUCCAAAAAUUCCAUCUAAUCCGUUUUUCCCUCCUCCAAUGUUAAAGGAACAAUGUUCAAAAAUUGCUGGCGCAAAUCCUCCUACUACAAAAUAG